GGCGCCCCAAGGCUCAUUCUUUGUGUUGUCUAGUUACAUGGGUUUUGACUAUUACUCCAUUUUUCUUUUCUUUUUGGUUUGGUUUAUUUCACUAAGUAUUUGAGGUGCAUCAAUGUUUUCGUAUGUAUUACUUUUUUAUUUCUUUUUAUUCCAUGUUUUGUUUAGCCAGUUGGGCUGUUUCCAGUUGGGAGCUAAUGUAGAUAAAGCUGCUGUGAACAUUCAUGUACAAGUCUUUGUAUGUCUGUAUGCUUGCAUUUCUUUCCAGUAAAUACCUGGGAGGAGAAUGACUAUGAUCGAAGUAUGUUUAACUUUGGAGAAACUGAAAAGUGGUUUACCAUUUUAUAUUUCCACCAGCCGUGUGUGAGGGUUCUGGUUGCUCCACAUCUCUUCAACAUUUGGGAUGAUAAGUCUUUGAUUUUAGCCAUUCCAAUAGGUAUAUCUGGUAUCUCAUUGUGGCCUUAAUUUGCAUUUCCCUGAUAAUUGAUGACGUUGAGCAUAUUUCAUGUGCUUGUUGACCACUAUAUAUUAUCUUUGUAAUGGACCUUUUCAGAUCUUUAGCCCAUUUUUGUAUUCGUUUAUUUUUCUGUUACUGUGUUUUGAGAAUUCUUUGUUCUGGGUAGAAAUCCUUUAUCAAAUACGAGAUACGCAAAUAUUUUAUCCCAAAUCUGUGGCUUGUUGUUUCAUUCUCUUAAUGUUUUUCAAAGAGCAGAGCUUCUUAAUUUUGACAAAGUUCAGUGUAUCAAUUUUUAAAAAACAGAUUGGCCUUUUGAUGUUGCUUCUAAGAACUCUUUACAUAAUCCAAGGACACAAAAAUAUUCUAUGCUUUCUUCCAGAAGUUUUACAGUUUUAUAUCUUACUUUUAGGUCUGUAAUCCAUUUUGGCUUAAUUUUUGUAUAUGGAGUAAAGUAUGGACCGAGGUUCAUUAUUUUUACGUAUGGAUAUCCUGUUGUUCCAGCAGUGUUUGGUGAAAGGACUGUCUUUUCUCCGUUUACUUGCUUUUGCACGUUUGUUAAAAAUCAAUUGACCGUAUAUGGGUGGAUCUAUUUCUGAUCCCGCUUUCUAUUCUGUUUCAUCAAUCUAUUUGUCUAUCUUUAUAUCGGUACCACACUGUCUUAAUUACUGCGGUUUUAUAAAACUUGUAAUCAGAUGGUGUAAGGCCUUCAACUUAGUUCAUCUUUUUCCAAGUUGUUUUCUGAUUCAAGGAAUGUUUCCUUAUAAAUUCCGGAAUAUAUAUUAUGAGCUAUGUAUAGUUUUUAUGACAGAAUGGAAGUUGAAUCGUUCUUAAUACGUCAUUUAGUUAUUCUUUAGCCUCAGAAUUAAAACAGAACAAUAUAAAACAAAAACUGCAGGUAUCACAUAAUGUUGAUAACUUUAACUGUAUAAAUGAUUUCAGUAUCCUAUGCCAGGGUGACUGGGGAAUGUAAACAAGAAUAAGCUGUUUGUCCCCUGAUGGCUUUUGCUGUAUACUGACGUAUUAUUUGUGAUGGCAUCUGAGGCUGAGAAGACCCAUGCUUUACUCCAGUCUUGUAGCACUGAAUCUCUUUUUUCCAGCCUCGGUCUGGGAAUAUUUUGCCUAGUAGCCGACAGACUUCUUCAGUUUUCAAUCAUUCAGCAAAAUGACUGGCUUCGAGCCCUCUCAGAUAAUGCAGUACAUUGCGUGAUUGGCAUGUGGUUGUGGGCAAUUGUCAUUGGAGUCAAGAAGACAACUGACUUUGGAGAAAUCAUGUUAGCUGGAUUUUUAGCCUCUGUUAUUGAUGUAGACCACUUUUUUCUAGCUGGAUCUUUAUCUUUAAAGGCUGCUUUGACUCUUCCACGAAGACCUUUUCUUCACUGUUCUACCGUGAUACCUGUCGUGGCUCUGACCUUGAAGUUUACUAUGCACCUUUUCAAGCUCAAAGACUCAUGGUGCUUUCUCCCCUGGAUGUUAUUUAUAUCCUGGACCUCACAUCAUAUCCGAGAUGGAAUUCGUCACGGCUUGUGGAUAUGCCCAUUUGGAAAAACUUCUCCUUUGCCAUUCUGGCUUUAUGUCAUAAUCACAUCCUCUUUACCUCAUAUCUGUUCAUUUGUUAUGUAUUUAACAGGGACCAGACAAAUGAUGUCUGCAAAACAUGGAAUUCAGAUUGACGUCUGAAGUAACUGUAUGCCACUCUGAGAGAAGGAAAUGGUUCAGACGAUAAUUAAGGGUAGCUGACAUUAUAAAUUAAAAAAUAUAUAUUAAUUAUUAUAAUUCCUGAAUCCUCUUGCUCGGGAGGCAUGCACCCUUUUUUAAAUAUAUAUAUAUAUAUAUAUAUAUAUAUAUAUAUAUAUAUAUUUGUUAUAAUUUUACUUCUCUCUUCUAUAAUACACUAGUACAAUAUUAGAGUUUCAUUUAUUCCGUGACAUAUUUUUAUUGUGUCUUCUGUUUAUCUGGCUUUACCAAUAGCUCUAGUAGACUAACAUCCAGUUACAUUUUCUGGAGGUGCACAUUUAAGGCAGUCCACUUCAGGAUGAAAAACAGAUCAAAUUGUAGGGUGCCUAAUUUGAAGGCAUUUGUGUCCACAUUUUCCUGAGAUACUGAAACAGUGAAAGAGCCAGAAUAAAUGAGAUCCUGAAUAAGACGUAUGGUGACCACUAAGAUUUCUUCAUUUUCCUCUAUGUCGAACCUGAGUGAAGUUUGAUUUGCCAGGUACUUUAGUGAGUUGUGAUUACCGGCGGAAUCUGUGCCAGUACACUUGUAAGAAAUCAUCAUAUUCAUAAAAGAUAGUAACUAAUAUUAGAUCUAGAUUAUUGUUUCAGGAAUCACUUUAGGAAAUAAUUAUUGUAAUAUGUUGCCUGUAGUAACAUUGCUCAAGUAUUAUUUUUUUUAAAGUUCAUCUAUUUAUUUUGAGAGAGAGAGUGUGUUCAUGAAUGGGGGAGGGGGAGGGAGAGAGAGAGUCCCAAGCAGGCUCUGCUCUGUUGCACAGAGCCUCAUGUGGGGCUUGAACUCACAAAUCGAGAGAUCAUGACCUGAGCCAAAAUCAAGAGUCAGACUCUCAACCGACUGAGCCACCCAGGCGCCCCAGUAUUAUUUUUUUUAGUAUCUUUGCCCCCGAAUCCCAUGUGUUAAGGUUUUAACUGUUCUGAAAAAACAUAAUUAAAUUAACAAAAUAUUAAUACAUGGCUUAUAACCAUGGAAUUUGAAUUCACACAAAAAAAGGACUUAACCAGUAAUGUUAUUUCAGAUGUAAACUCCUAAGGUGUCAUUAAAAUUGUUUUAGUUGCUAUCAGUUUGUUUACACACUAUUUAAAAAUAUUAUACCAGUUAAAUAAUUUUUAAAACAUUUGCCUGAUGCAGAGAGACAAAACAUACGUUUUUCAAAAUGAAGGAGUUUCAGGAAAUUUGCCUUUUCCUUUGUCCUUUCAGGUUAACCUGUCAAAAAUGAUUAACCUUUAUUAGAGAAGGAAAAUUUGGUUGCUAUAAAAUUUUACAUUUUCACAGUUUAAUGUCACUUUGAUAUAAACGUCAGUGCCCUAAAGACACUUGCUUUGUUUUUUUGUAUCCUAUGUGCCAUCUGCUGUCUUUAGAUUUUCUCACACAUUUGUGAUUUGUAAUGCUAGUGAUUGUGUGCCUUAUUCUCUGAGAAGUGCUGAAGCAACGCCUUAUCCAAAGCAUAUUCGUCUUAUUUAUUAAGUUAAACAGAGCUCUGUAAACUGUCACAAGUGUUCAUUUUACUUUGGUUUUCUUUUUGUUGUUAACCAAUUGGUUGCAAUCUAUUAUAUCUUAGAAUCUAUUAGAUUUUACAAUCUAUUAUCUUUUGAGAGCAAUGAUUGUGUCACUUUGGUGGGUAUAAUAAAUAUUAUAUAGUGGGGGGAAAUUUGAAUAAGGUAGGGAUUUUUUUUUAAGUAUAUGAUGUCAGAAAUCCAUGGAAAUAAAGCAUAUAUCUUCUAUCGC